GUCAAGUGUAGGCCCCUACCGUGGCUGGCGAGACGGCACUUGCGCUGGGAGUCAGAACCUACGUCGUUAUUGAAAAAGUACUCAUGAGCUGGGGAAAGAGUCGUCAGUAAAGGCUUAUAGAACAAUCCAUCUGCGUUUUGUGUUGCUGACAGAAAACACUUUUUUCAUCCAUUCAGCGGCUGCGGUGUCGUGCUGUCGACAAACAGGCUACUUAAUUGCGUCAGAAAAGAGACCAGGGAACGGAGUAGGUCACCAUGGCCCAGUGGAAUCAGUUGCAGCAGCUGGAGACGCGCUACCUGGAGCAGCUCUACCACCUGUACAGUGACAGCUUCCCCAUGGAGCUGCGCCAGUUCCUCGCCCCCUGGAUCGAGAGCCAGGACUGGGCGUACGCGGCCAACAAGGAGUCCCAUGCCACGCUCGUCUUCCACAACCUCCUGGGAGAGAUCGACCAGCAGUACAGCCGCUUCCUGCAGGAGAACAACGUGCUCUACCAGCACAACCUGAGGCGCAUCAAGCAGCACCUGCAGAGCAAGUACCUGGAGAAGCCCAUGGAGAUCGCCCGCAUCGUGGCGCGCUGCCUCUGGGAGGAGCAGAGGCUGCUUCAAACCGCUACCACCGCACAGCAGGAUGGCCAAGCAGCCCACCCCUCUGGUACCGUGGUGACAGAGAAGCAGCAGAUCCUGGAGCACAACCUGCAGGACAUCAGGAAGAGAGUGCAGGACAUGGAACAAAAGAUGAAGAUGCUGGAAAAUUUGCAGGAUGAUUUCGAUUUCAACUACAAGACAUUGAAGAGUGCUGGUGAGCUGUCCCAGGACCUAAAUGGGAACAGCCAGGCAGCAGCCACCAGACAGAAGAUGGCCCAGCUGGAGCAAAUGCUUAGUGCCCUGGACCAGCUCAGGAGGCAAAUCGUGACUGAGAUGGCAGGGCUGCUGUCAGCCAUGGACUUUGUGCAGAAGAACCUGACGGAUGAGGAGCUGGCCGACUGGAAGAGGAGGCAGCAGAUCGCCUGCAUCGGAGGCCCGCCGAACAUCUGCCUGGAUCGCCUGGAGACAUGGUUCACGUCUCUGGCUGAGUCUCAGCUGCAGAUUAGGCAGCAGAUCCGUAAGCUGGAGGAGUUGCAGCAGAAGGUGUCCUAUAAAGGAGACCCCAUCAUCCAGCACCGGCCUGCACUGGAGGAGAAGAUCGUUGACCUCUUCAGGAACCUCAUGAAGAGUGCGUUUGUGGUCGAGAGGCAGCCCUGUAUGCCCAUGCAUCCUGACAGACCAUUGGUCAUCAAAACAGGCGUCCAGUUCACCAACAAAGUCAGAUUACUGGUGAAAUUCCCUGAGCUUAACUACCAGCUGAAAAUCAAAGUCUGCAUUGACAAAGAAUCAGGAGACGCUAUUCGAGGGUCACGUAAAUUCAACAUCCUCGGCACCAACACCAAGGUGAUGAACAUGGAGGAGUCCAACAAUGGCAGCCUCUCAGCAGAGUUCAAACACUUGACUCUUCGGGAGCAGAGGUGUGGCAACGGAGGGAGAACCAACAGUGAUGCCUCACUGAUAGUCACAGAGGAACUUCAUCUCAUCACUUUUGAGACAGAAGUCUACCACCAAGGACUCAAGAUCGACUUGGAGACUCAUUCUUUGCCCGUGGUGGUCAUCAGCAACAUCUGCCAGAUGCCAAAUGCCUGGGCCUCCAUCCUGUGGUAUAACAUGCUGACCAACCAUCCAAAGAACGUGAACUUCUUCACCAAACCCCCCGUGGGCACGUGGGACCAGGUGGCCGAGGUCCUCAGCUGGCAGUUCUCCUCCACCACCAAGAGAGGCCUGACCAUUGAGCAGCUCACCACCCUCGCAGAAAAGCUACUAGGUCCAUGUGUGAAUUACUCCGGAUGUCAGAUUACCUGGGCCAAGUUCUGCAAGGAGAACAUGGCAGGGAAAGGCUUUUCCUUCUGGGUGUGGUUGGACAACAUUAUUGACCUGGUCAAGAAGUACAUCCUGGCUCUCUGGAAUGAGGGGUACAUCUUGGGGUUCAUCAGUAAGGAGCGUGAGCGGGCCAUCCUGAGUCCCAAGCCCCCCGGCACCUUCCUUUUACGCUUUAGUGAGAGCAGCAAGGAGGGAGGCAUCACCUUCACCUGGGUAGAGAAGGACAUCAGCGGCAAGACUCAGAUCCAGUCCGUGGAGCCCUACACUAAGCAGCAGCUCAACAGCAUGUCGUUUGCUGAGAUCAUCAUGGGCUACAAGAUCAUGGAUGCCACCAACAUCCUGGUGUCGCCACUGGUCUACCUGUUCCCAGAAAUCCCCAAGGAGGAUGCCUUUGGCAAAUACUGCCGGCCCGAAGCAACGGCCGAGCCAGAGCAGCCUGAUGGAAGCAGUCGAUUCGUCAUUCAGCCAUAUCUCAAAACCAAGUUCAUCUGCGUUACCCCGUGUCCCUCCGUCUUCAUGGACUUUCCGGAGAGUGAGCUUCUAGGAAACGGCUUCUCUGGCACUAACUCUGGGAACACCAGCGAUCUGUUCCCCAUGUCUCCCCGCACACUCGACUCACUCAUGCAUAACGAGGCAGCCGAGGCUGCCCCAACAACGCUUGGUGAGACGCAGUUUGAAUCCCUCACCCUGGACAUGGAGGAUAUGGCAUCAUAGUCUAUGCAGGAUCUAUCCACGGUGAUGAGAUGACCGCUUCACCAGAUGUGUUCUUUUUGAUUUCCGCUCAAUUUUCUAAUUGAAGUGGAGGCUGUACAUACUGAGCUUGUAAUAGGUGCUGUAAAGGCCAACGCUCACUGGCGGCGACAUUCGCGUCUAUGGAUUUGACGCUCAAGAGAGAGAACAGUUUUCGAAACUUCCGACACCGCCAGUUGGCUUUACUCUGUUGGAGUUCUAAACUUAGACGUCACUUGACGCGUGUCAGACGCCACCAAUGGGCGCUAGCCUUAACUCAUGCUUUUGAGGAAAGUUGCCGAUUUCAUUAGUCUUUAGAUUGUAGAGUUUGUAGAGUCAGUCGACCAUUUUGUGUCAGAGAAGCCAUGUUGGCUCCAUCAGUUUGAAGUAAUUCACUCAGCUCAAAGAGAAUGGUUUAGAGGUUACUCUUAGCAGCUCAUGGCUCCCAGCAAUUUAAAGAAUAGUAUGACAAUACUGUUUUCAUUUUAUUUUUGCGUCUUAGCAUAUUCCUAAAACUUAUUGCCAUUGUAAUGAAAUGUCUUGGGGAGAAAUUGUGUUUUCCUGUCAAGUGUUUGUCUGUCACCUUAAAGUUAAACUUUUUUUAAAUGAUUAUAUUUUUCUUAUAGCAAAAAGAAAUGUAAGCUAGCACUGUGUAAAGACAAAUAUCGAGGGAAACUGUAUCCCUAUAUUAACCUUGAAUGUUUUAUAGUAUAUUUCUCUAUAUCUCUCUUCUCGUACCCAGCUCUCACUGCUUUAUGCCGUGUCGUCUUCUCCGCUUUCUAUCUGCUUCUGUGAGGGCCCUGUCUCUCUCUCUCUCUCUAUCUCUAUCUCUAUCUCUAUCUCUAUCUCUAUCUCUCUCUCUCUCUCUAUAUGUGUAUAUAUAGAUCUCUGUCUCUGUCUCUGUCUCUGUGUCUGUGUGUCCUUUCUAAGAGUUGACUCUACAGCUCUACUGCCUUGAACGCUGCUUCUUCUCCCUCUCUUGCCUCUGGCACUUUAGAUGAGGCGAGUAGGCAGCCCCCCCGCCCCGUCCACCCUACUUGUGCCCCAGGGGCCGGCGUCCUGAUAGCCUCCUGAGGCCCCGCAGGUCUGCCGCCUGUAAGCCCCGCUCUGCUGAGGACACGCAGAUUCCAGCAGCCCGCAGGCCUAUCUCUAUCAAAAACGAGAUGGACCAAAAGGGUGGAAUUAAAAAAGAAAUAAAAGGGAGGAAAAAAAACUAAAGUAAUAGGCGGCAGGCGAAGUCAUUCAUGAUUUGCACGACACAGUAAAAAGGUCAGCGCCACGUCGCAUUUCAUUAGGCAACACCAGACAUUACUCUGGCUUAUCUCGCCGUAUCAGGCUGCAUCCCGCCAAUCAUCCCUUGGCAGCCAUUUUACUAGAAAGGUUGCCAGCAAGGGGUGGUGGUGUGAGGGGGGUGGUGGCAGAGUAGGUAAAAGAACAUUGAUUCCUUUGAGGUUCCUGGCCUGACAUUUCGGAAGCAUAAAUGCCCCCCCCUCCCCUUCUCAUCUCUCAUUAAUGACCUGAGCGGAAUGGUAUUAGAAUUGGAUUCGGUACUUUGUUAUUUAACAAAUGGUGAAAGCCAGGGUCACGUUAACUGCCACAUCCACACAUUUAUGAACUGUUAAGCCCUGACAUCCAGGUGCUGCCAGCACGCUCUCAAAUCAUUAACCUUUAUCAUGUCUGCUUUUUUGUUUCAUUCAUUUUUCUUCUGAGCUGUAUUAUAUGUUUUACGGUUUUAUAAAAUGUAUUGUGGUCAAUGACACAUCUGUACAAUGUCUGUCUGUUUCAACAGGGCCUAAGGGUAAAUCCUACUUGUGUCAUUCUGCAAACCCUGUAAAUUACGUUGCAGACCAUUAAAAACAUGAGAUAUCACACGUA